AUGAACGGGCUAUCCAUCAGCGAGCUCUGCGGCUUAUUCUGCUGCCCGCCGUGCCCAAGCCGCAUCGCGGCCAAACUGGCUUUCCUACCGCCGGAACCUACCUACGCCUUCAUCCAGGACCCGACGCCGUCCAGCCCUUCUUCGCAGCAGCGCUGGAAUCUCCACCUCACGGAACGCGCCGAAUUCCAGUACACGCAGAGGGAGCUGGACAACGUGGAAGUUACGCUGGCUCAAUCCAGUCGAGGGAACCGAAUCGGAAUCAUGUACAUACGUUGCACGCCGAAUCCCAGGUUCACGGUGCUGUUCUCCCACGGCAACGCGGUGGACUUGGGUCAGAUGAGCAGCUUCUACAUCGGGCUCGGCUCACGCAUCGACUGCAAUAUCCUGUCUUAUGACUACUCGGGCUACGGCGUCAGCGGCGGCCGACCUAGCGAAAAGAACCUCUACGCAGACAUCGACGCCGCCUGGCACACUCUCCGCACUAGGUACGGCGCUAGCCCGGAGAGCGUCAUCCUAUACGGCCAAAGCAUCGGCACGGUCCCCACGGUGGACCUAGCGUCGCGCUACCAGUGCGCCGCCGUCGUCCUCCACUCACCGCUCGCGUCCGGCAUGCGGGUGGCCUUCCCCGAAACCAAAAAGACGUACUGCUUCGACGCCUUCCCCAACAUCGAGAAAGUCUCCAAAAUUUCAUCCCCCGUGCUGGUGAUCCAUGGCACCGAGGACGAGGUCAUCGACUUCUCGCACGGACCGGCGCUGUUCGAGCGCUGCCCCAAAGCCGUCGAGCCGCUGUGGGUGGAAGGCGCCGGACACAACGACAUCGAACUGUACAGUCAGUAUUUGGAGCGGCUUCGGCGGUUUAUCGGGCACGAGAUCGGAUGA